AGUAGAAUUUAGUAAUGUCUUGCUAAAAAACUUUUAUAUUUAUCCUCGUAUUUGUGAAGCUGAAAAAACUUGUCUCCCGGGAGUCCCAGCAAAGAAACAAGGUUAUAUUGUGUCAUGGAUUCAUCUGAGUGGAGGAAGCCUCUAGAUCAGCUUCCUAAGGAAAGUUUUUGGGACAACCCUUUGUAUCAAUGGGAUGGGUUUUGGUACAGAGCUAGUCAUCUUGACGCAGCAAUGGCACUUCGUUCACAAUACACAGCACGCCAUGAUGACGUUAUCUUGGCAUCCCCCAUGAAAACAGGUACCACAUGGCUCAAGGCCCUUUGCUUUUGCAUUAUGCGAACGCAACCCCAAGAGGAAGAUGCUCAGAAGAUUGAUGAAGGAACUCUAGUCAAGAGUGAUGAUGGUGAGGAUCCUCUUGCCAAGAACCAUCCCGCCGUCUACGUGCAGACCUUAGAAGUUCAGGUAUUCACAGCAAAGCAGCCUCUUGAUAUCUCAGGUAUGAAGUCUCCGAGACUCUUUCACACUCACUUGCCUUAUAGCGCAUUGCCUGAUUCGAUAAAGAAUUCCAAGUGCAAGAUAGUUUACAUUGCAAGGAACCCAAAGGACACAUUGGUGUCAAUGUGGCACUUCUUCAACAAGCUUAGGACACCUGAACAAGGCCCAUAUCCGUUUGACAAGGCAUUUGAGUGCUUUUGCAAAGGGUUCUCUCACUUCGGUCCGUUUCUCGACCACGUUUUACAAUAUUGGAAUGAAAGCCUAAAAGCCCCUGAUAAGGUUCUGUUUUUGAAGUAUGAAGACCUUAAAAGAGAUCCCAAAGGACAUGUUAAGAAGCUAGCUUUAUUCCUUGGAAGACCUUUUACUCAUGAGAAAAAAGUUGAAGAAGUAAUCUGGAGGUGCAGCUUGGAAAGGCUCAAGAACUUAGAGGUAAACAAGAAUGGAGUGGAUCCUUGGGUUGGGAUGCCAAACAGUGCCUUUUUCAGGACUGGCAAAGUUGGAGAUUGGAAAAAUAUGUUCACCACUGAGAUGAGUGAGCGCCUGGAUCAUAUCACCCUGCAGAAACUAGAGGGAUCUGGCCUUCACCUUGACAUUUGAAUCAUGCUCUGCAGCAUUUUGCUGCUCCAGUUCUGAAAUCAUGAGUUUAUGACUCUGGCUCACAAGAUUUUUUUAGUAUUAUUUAUAGCUAAAGUUACAAUUACUUUGGUGCAGCAAUUACACCAAUAAAUAGUAUUAGUAAAUUAAAUUUUCUUUUGUUUUGUCAAUAAGUUUAAU